UAUAUAAGACAUUUGGUAUUCGCUUCUUGUGACAUAAUCCGUUUGGUUUUCGUGGAAGAAAGGUAGUCGUAGUAAGUUCAUAGAAAUAUGAAGUACGUUGUGUUUUUGCCUUUUAUGUUUUGUGCAGUGUACGGUGCACCGAAGUUGAGGGUAAUACCUCAUAACCUUCCCCCACCACAACUUAUGACAUUGCCAAGCAACGCUACAAGCAUAAGAACAGACAUCAGCGAUAGCUUUCAAUGUGAUGGAAGAGAUUAUGGAUAUUAUGCCGAUGUAGAUAACGAUUGCCAAAUCUUCCAUGUGUGCCUUCCAAUUACUUACUCAGAUGGUCAUAAUCAGACAUUCAGAUGGAGUUUCAUUUGUCCGGAGGAAACAGUAUUCAACCAAGAAAUUUUCACUUGCACAAGAGCUGAUGAAUCCAUGGACUGCUCCGAUAGUCCGAGGUUCUACGAUUUGAACAGGAAUUUCGGUAAUAUUGAAGACGAAACUGAAACUGAGAGUGCACACAUAGAAGAUCAUCCAGAAGUCUCAGAGGUUGAGCAAGACAUCCAGGUUCCUACUAAUACCAACGCCCAUGUAAAUAUGGGCAGACGAUCUCGUAAAAUUAAGUUAGAUUCAAAACAAUGAAAAAAGAAAAUUUAAUUUCUUCUAUUGAAAGAAUUAAAAGGUGAAUGUUUCAUCGUUAUCUAUUUAAAACCAGUAUUAAAAUCUAAAUUCUAUGAUAUAGACACCUAGGUAUUUGUCAUUCAUAGAAAGACUGAUAAUAUCAAAAUACAUAGUAAAAUAUA